UGUGUGUGUGUGUGACUGUGUGUGUUUGAGUGUGUGUGUGUGUGUGUGUGUGUGUGUCCCAUCCUGCCCGUCAGUCAUGAAUCUCUCUGCAGUUUAGACAGUGCAGUGAAACCAGCAGUCACUUCUGUCGUGUUUCUGUUGCUUUGCCUUAUUACUUUUCUUUAUUUCUUCAUUUUUCUGAAUGAACUUUACCGCUGCAGUGGAUUCCCCUUCCAGCUGUUUACUUUGUUUGAACACCUACGGUCUGCAUUGAGAGUGCAGCGUGACACAACCUCAUCUUAACCUGCUCCUUGAGGACAGAAAUUCACAGGAGUUUCUUACUUGUUAUAAGCAAGAAGAGACAUUGGACACAACAAUGGAGGCACACAUACGGCGUGUUCUGUUUGUCCUCCUGCUGUUAGUGUGCUUAGUGAAGUUUGGCGUAAAUGCUGGAAGAGAUGGAUCUCAUCCUGGCACUUCUAAGAGCGAAGGGGCUCCGAAACGACCGUCACGCUCCUCUGAGCCCAAAGCGGGCCGUUGCUCGUACACCUUCAUCGUUCCCCAGCAGAAACUGAAAGGGGCUCUGUGUGUGAGUACCGAGACGGCGCGGGCCAACGGUUCUGAGACCGCUGACCUGCGUGCUCAACUCGGUAACCAGCAGGAGCAGCUGGAGAGGUUGCGCAUGCGCCUGGAGCAGGACGGGGCGCUGGCAAGUGAGGUGAGCACCCUGCGCAGAGAGAGCAGCACCAUGAACGCCCGCAUCACCCAGCUGUACGCCCAGCUGCUGCACGAGAUCAUUAACAAGCAGGAGCAGGCGGAGGAGCAGCGACGUCUGGAGGAGCUGCUACUGAACACCACCUUACAGGUGCUGCAUAUAUCCAACAGUUACAGAGAGCUGGAGAAGAAGUACAUGGCGCUCACUUCUCUGGUGAACAACCAGAGUCAACUAAUGACACAAUUGGAAAAAAGGUGUCAGAUCAACAUGGUCACCAAACCACGGCAGGAGGCUGAAUCAUCGGCGCACGUUCAGUCCAACAUCGUGCAGAACGAGAGCUCCGAGCCUAAAGUCAGGAACAUUCAGAGAGACCAAAGUGCCCCUCUGGAACAGAAACAAGAACUGCAGGAGAUACAUGGGCUCCUCACUAUGGCAACAGAUCUCCCUACAGACGCACCGUUCAUCAGUUUCCCUGCCACUAAGUCUCCAGGGCCAUGGCAAGACUGCCAGCAUGUACUGGACUCAGGAGAAAGCACCAGUGCUAUCUAUCUGCUGCGUCCACACAACUCCAACCGUCUGUUCCAGGCAUGGUGUGACCAGAGCCGUGCUCAGGGAGGCUGGACCGUCAUCCAGAGAAGACUGGAUGGCUCUGUCAACUUCUUCAGGAACUGGGAUCAGUACAAGCAAGGAUUUGGAAAUCUGGAUGGUGAGUAUUGGCUGGGUCUGGAGAAUCUCUACUGGCUGACCUCACAGGCUUCCUACAAGCUCCGCGUGCACAUGGAGGACUGGCAGGGCCGGCAGGCUUUCGCAGAAUACGACAGCUUCAACAUAGAGCCUGAGAGCGACUGGUACCGCCUGAGACUGGGAUCCUACCAGGGCACGGCUGGUGACUCGCUCUCCUGGCACAGCAAUAAAGCUUUCACCACACUCGACCGCGACAAGGACGCGUACUCAGGUAACUGUGCUCAUUACCAAAAGGGGGGCUGGUGGUACCACAUGUGUGCUCACUCGAACCUGAACGGGGUUUGGUACAGAGGAGGCCAUUACCGCAGCCGCUACCAGGACGGAGUGUACUGGGCUGAAUUCCACGGAGGCUCGUACUCUCUCAGGAGGGUCACCAUGAUGAUUAAACCCAUUCAACCCAUUCAAGUACUGGUGAAGUAAAGCCACAUACUGACGACUGAGUUGUACAGAUGGGCAAACAUUACAGGAACAGAAAACACCUGACAAAAGUCUCAGAAAGACAGCAGUAAAUCGGUUUGGUUUCAUUCUGCUGGACUUGAUGACUGCAUCUGUUUGGAGCAUAGUAUUUAACUGAACAUUUUCUAUCAUAACUCAGAUAUGAUAAAGAUGACAAUGAGCAAUUGCUGAAUGGAAUACUCUGUUGUUGAUUUAUUGUCAGCGGCGAAGUUAGUUGCUAUAUCAGUUUUAUGAGGCAUUAGCACUCCUAAAUAUUCUUUAACCCCCUCAAAUAAAAGUACAUUAUUAGUUUAAAUCAUCAUAGUUUUUCUGAUUCAUGCAUACCUGUCUACUUUCAUGCAUGCUGUGUAGGAGUUCUGCGUUUAUCACAGUUAUCACACGAACAUAUGCAAAAGUAUGAAAUAACUGACAAUUUUAUAGGUGUUUGGGACUCUCCACUAGCAGCUGACACAAUUUAAGCCCCGCCCCCUUUCCCCAGCUCACAUUAGUAAUCUUGCAGCCAGUAAUCUUGUCUUGACCUGAUUUUCCCCACUUGAAAGUUGUGGUAAUAUGGCACACUGGCUUUUUGUCAAGGUAAAUGGUGAGUGCUUUAAAGACAUUAAAGACAUUAUCUUUCAUCA